GCGUAGGCGGGCAUAGCUUGAACGUGCGUCUUACGUCACGCGGAAGAGGCGUUUCUGUAUAGCUCAUCAUCAGCCCUUGUGUUUAAUGUAUUUGACGGUUCCCAAUGAGAACUGCUACUUAGUAGUACGGAGGGGGGUGUGGACCAGGAAUUAACGCAAGUAAGAAACAACAUUGCCAGCUUUUCCAGACACGAAACUGUAAUAAUUACAGAGACAUUGUGUAGAAACAUUCGUUUGGUUGUGGCAGUACCGACGCUCCGGAGACGUGGGGAAGUAGGAGCGCUCGUCUGGGAAGCAACUGAAAAAGUACCGUAACUAGAAGCUCACGCGGUCACAGGUAGCUCCUACGGCUGAUAUCAAAGUGCAUGUCAUGCGGUUAGCUCCGGACGGCGAUCGAUCCGUGUUUCUCUGCUGCUAGUUCUCCGUGGACUGAUCACUUCGCUGCCGUAUACCAGGGGACAACGGACAGUCAUGUCUCGAAGGAAACAGAGCAAGCCCCGGCAGAUCAAACGUUCCAUCGGUGACCUGGACACAGGUGAUGAGAAUCCACCCGACGAUGUCAGCUUAUCAGGCGAUGAGGGCGGAGCCUCAGACCUGGAGGACUCAGCAGAGUUGGAUGGCUGCAGCCCCCCAUCCCUCACCCCACUCUGCAGUGAAGCAGAGCCCAGGACGCACGACUCUCUCAUGGGGCCCGAUGAAGAGGAGGAGGAAGAAGAGGAGAGAGGUCCGACACAGAGCACUGAGGAAGAGGAGGAGAUGGAGGCCGAAGGAGACGGAGAGCUACACUGGUUAGGCCCAGAAGAACUGGAGCUGAGUGAGGGUGUCGAUGGCUUGAAGGUCCUGGCCAGCAGAGAUCUCCCAGUGGACACACUCUGGGGCCCUUACCCCGGAACCAUCCAAUCAGAGGAGCCCGUCGACGCAUCAACCAAUGAGGGCACCGUGCUAACGCUUCUUUGUGAGGACAUGGACUGCUGGCUUGUUAAAGUCCCAGUGACAGCUGAGCCCUCGGAAGCUAACUGCACCAUCUACAGCCAAGGAGAGGAGCUCUUCUGUAAGCUGACGCAGGAGGUGUCUAGUGGGGGCGAUCUGGUGGCCCGUCUCUCCUGCACCCCCAUGCACAAGACAGUGGCCACGCAGUCCCACAAUGCACCUGUGAAGGAGGAGCCUGCCUACCCGGCAGGCAUGCUCACUGAGAUCCAGCUCCUGCCCCAGCAGGCUGGCAUGGCCGCCAUUCUGGCCACGGCCGUCAUCAACAAGGACAUCUUCCCCUGUAAGGACUGUGGGAUCUGGUACCGGAGCGAGCGCAACCUGCACGCCCACCUCAUGUACUACUGCGCCAGCCGACAGAAGCAGCCGGCGGCCUCCUCCCCGCCCCAGGACAAGUCCAAGGACUCCUACCCCAACGAGCGCGUCUGCCCCUUCCCCCAGUGCAACAAAAGCUGCCCCAGUGCCAGCUCGCUGGAGAUCCACAUGCGCACUCACAGUGGCGAACGUCCCUUCAUGUGUCUGAUCUGCCUGUCUGCCUUCACCACUAAGGCCAAUUGUGAGCGCCACCUGAAGGUGCACACAGACACGCUCAGCGGAGUGUGUCACGGCUGCGGCUUCAUCUCCACCACACGGGACAUCCUCUACAGCCACCUGGUCACGAGCCACAUGGUGUGCCAGCCCGGGGCACGCAGUGACUCCUACUCCCCUGGCCCGGGGACACCCAAGCUCCCUCUAGCUGCAGGCCUAAGCCCCGGGGAUUCUGGGAUUGUCCUGAAAUGCCAGGUGUGCGGGGCGGCAGCCGACACCCCCGCCCUCCUCCAGCAGCAUGUACGCACCCACCUGGAGGUGCGCAUGCCCGCCGAGCGCAGCCCCACUCCCAGGCAGGGCACCAACCACUCCUCCUCCACCCAGCACCCCAAGUCCCAGGACAGAGAGUCGGCUGCCUGUGUGCCCCGGCCCAACUCCUCCAGUCCGGGCACCAAUGGGGGCUCCUCCACCCCCCGCGGAGGCUGCUCCCCUUUGGACCUCCUCCCCUGCAGGGUCAGGGUCAAAGAGGAACCACAGUCGGACACCGAGCACGAGGGGAACGGUGAGAGGGACGGGGGUGAAGAGGAGGAGGUCAGAGGUCAGGGAGGUCAUCACAGUGAUCCCGGUGACGGGACGACCUCGCAGAAGUCCACCUCUCCGAAGAGCCCUGCAGGCGUGGCUGUGAAGGCGGAGCCCACCAGCCCGACCCCAGGCUCCAGUCCCGCCCAUACCAGUCCUGGCGGGUCAACACUCCCCGGGGGCGCCGUGUUCCUGCCACAGUACGUGUUCAGUGCCGAGGCGGCCAUGAUACCGCAAGCCUCCGAGAUCCUGGCCAAGAUGUCUGAGAUGGUGCACAGCCGGCUGAAGCAGGGCCAGGGGCAGCUGGCGGUAACGGCAGCAACAGCAGCAGCGGCAGCGGCGGCGGCAGCCCAGCAGGGCUUCUACCCGUCCGGCUCUCCCGUACCCGUCCACAAGGGGGCGCACUGCUUCGAGUGCGACAUCACUUUCAACAACAUUAACAAUUUCUAUGUGCACAAGCGCCUCUACUGCUCCAGCAGACACCACCAGGGGGAGCCGGCACCCGGGCAUGCCAAGGACGUCACCACGGCCUCCGCCGUCCCCCCUCCGUCGGGUGGAGCGUCUGGGGGCAGCCGAGCCGCGUCAGCCUCCCCCAGCGAAGUGGAAGCAGCAGCGCCGGGUGGGGCCUCAGAGGGCCGGCCGGCGGCAGACGUGAAGAGCGAGCCCCACGGGGGGUCGAGGGAGGUGGGAUGCUCCUCGUCCUCAGAAGGUGAGGGCGGGGGUGUGACCGGCGGGGGACGGGCCAGCGAGGGCAGCGCAAGCCCCAACAGUGGUGGCGGCGGAGGUGGUGGCGGUGGUUCUGCCACAGAGGAGCCAGAGGACGACCCCACCCGCACCUUCUGCGGGGCUUGCAAUAUCCGCUUCAGUCGUCAUGACAACUACUUGGUGCACAAGCGCUUCUACUGCGCCUCGCGCCAUGACCCCUCACAACAGCGGGUGCCACCGGCUGCCAAGGCCGCCUUCCUUCCCCAGCCCAUCCGCACCCGCAAACGUAAAAAGAUGUACGAGAUCCACAUGGCGCGCAGCCAAGCCCUAGCAUCCAGCUCCUCCGUUCUGCCAGGCCUGCCCGUCAAACAGGAAGUGGCCUCUGCAGCAGCAGCCACUUCCUCUUCAUCAUCCGCAGGGAUACCCGGCAUGCAUUCACCCAGCACCAGCCCCGAGGGCGAAGGUCCUAUUGACCUGAGCAAGCGGCCCCGGGUGCGAGGGGGUUCGAGGGGUGGAGGAGGUGGUGGCGGGGGCAGCGGCCUGCCCGCAUUGCCCCUCUCCGACUACCACAAGUGCACGGCCUGCAGCAUCAGCUUCAACAGCAUUGAGAACUACCUGGCGCACAAGACCUACUACUGCCCGGCCACCACCCUGCAGCCGCACACCCUAGAGCAGCUGCAGCGCCUCAAGAGGCCCGCCUCCACCUCCCCUAAGAGCCUCCACGCCGAGGGCCCCACCCCGCCCAAGGUGGCCUCGGCCGGGAAGGCCUCUCUGGGCGCCGUACCUGUGGCUCACCUCCCCUCCCUGCCAGGCUCCGAGGCUUCCACCAGCCCUCCACAUGCGGUGCACUCUGCUAAGCUGGGUGGCACCGCGGCUCCCCACCCGCCCACAGGGGCUGCGCCUGUAGUGUGCCCCUACUGCCCGCCGGGCCGGGCGCUGACCACCGACCUGGUGGAGCACUUCCGCUCAGCGCACGGGCUGGUGCUCUCUCUGCAGCAGGGGGAGGCUCAGACCACGGCGGCCCCCAUCAGCCCCAGCUCCAGUGGCAGUCCCAGGGACGCUGCGCCCCCCACCACGUCCCCUCGGCCCAGCCCGCGCCCCCGCAGGGACAGCAUUAAUGCCCCCUCGUUGCUGCGCAACGGCUCCCCGCCCUCGCCACAGGUCAACGGAAGCCCCGCAGGUGGGGGCGUCUCGCCUAAAGCGGUAUCCCAGGCACUGUCGCCCACAGGGGCGCUCCAGCUGACUGUCUCCCCUGUCCCGGAGGCGGGGCUCAACCCGGCACCGCACACGCCCCCUGAAAAGCCCCUCCCUAUAGGCUCCACCCUCACACCGGUGGCCCCACCCAAGCCUGCGAUGGGAGCUGCGGUUAGUGUAGCGGCACUUCAGAACGGGAGCACGUGCUUCUGCCGCCUCUGCAACAUCAAGUUCAGCAGCCUCUCCACCUUCAUAGCCCACAAAAAGUACUACUGCUCCUCACACAGCGCUGAGCACGUCAAAUGAGCCCCCCCACCCCACCCCAUCUCCAGACAGACAGUGCCCCCCCACCCCACUGCAGCCUCUUCUUCCUACCCUGGCAUCUCGCCUCGUACGGCGUGCUCACCACGCCUCUUACUAGCUUGCUGUGUUGGACAGCGUCUUCAAAAGCGGGACUGUUACUCGCCCGAGCGCUUCAAAGCGGGGUGUCACCGCCUCCUGUGACCCCCCCGGUGUCGCUGGCUUUGUUACUAUGGUGACUUGUUUUGUUUUUGUUUUUCUUUCAUGGGUCAAGUUCGUAUUACACUAAAAGAGAAAAGAUGUGCUACCUACUCACUCACACACAUACACCAUCGUAUGGCCAACCUCCAGACUCCUUCACAGGUCACAGUUUUCUGUGUGAUUGUGGACCGGCUCAUGUACGGCAUUCAGUUCCCCUUGUGGUCGCUCGGCAACAUUUGUUUGAAUCAUUAAGACUAUUUGAUCAUGAUGUUCAUUUGAUCGCUGACUGUUCAGAAAAAGUCUGCCCUCUAGUGGGGGGAAAAAGAAUCCUUGCGCUCCUUGUGGUUGGGGUGGGUUUGUAAGAUGUCUCACGAAAAUUAUGUUCUUAUCCUGACUGCAAUUUUAAAGUUAAAGUGAAACUCUUUCACUGAAGUGCAGAAUUAGAACAGUUCACGAAGGCUGCCAAUUGUAAUGAAAUAUCACUAAAAGAAAUAAAUAUUUCCUAGUAUGGGAAAAUGUGAAAUAUUUAUCUUUGAGUCCAUACCGAUUUCAAGUCAAACAAAUACUACCUAACAUGUUUGAAAAAAAUAUAUAUAUUUGUAUUUUUAUUUGUACAUUUUUAUUUCAUACUGUUGAAAAAGAAACAUUUCAAGUUUGAUUCAAGUGUGUUUAAAAUGGAAAAAAAGUACUUGGGUCCUUUUUUGUUGGUUCAUUUGAAGUGUAGAUUUCUUAAACUACCUGUGUGCUCACAGUAAUCACAGGGAAUAGGUUGAUCUUGACGUCCAGUACUGUGUCCAUCUCCUCAGUUAUAUGCUGGUUUCUGUGAGAUCUGAGGCCUGAUGUUUAUGCAGGCCUUUUGUCCCAGUAUUUAGUAAUUUGUCCUGACGAGGACCAAUCGUGCCGUCCAUUUUAUGAGAGGGCGGAGAGGCUGAAGGAGGCUGUGUCAGACGUCACGUGAUCCUCACAGACCUGCGAUGUUUGGGUUUGCACUGUUAUGGGAGUUCUGUGUUAUUUAGUCAAGUGUUCUGUUUUGGUUUUGUGUCUGUUUAUUCUGUCCCCCCCCCCCUCUCCCCCAAAAAAUGAAACAUGAUAUGAAACCGAUUUAAAAAAAAUGGCAAAUAUGAACUACAGAUGAUCAAUAACUGUCACUCUUCCCCCCCCUCUCCACAUUUCUCUCUGCUAUUCACUUGUUGCCAGUUUACAGUCAGGUAGCCUGCAACCGAAUUGAACAGCGUCACGCAAUCCUCCCUUACCACAGGCUAACCUGACAAAGCCUUAACAAAGACAAAGACUCGUUUCAUACACAGCCCAGAUGUUGGGCCACUUCCUCCCCAUGCAUCCAAUCACAGAUGCCCACCAAGUGGACUUCCUGUUUGUUACUUGUGGUGUCACCUCACCCAAUACACCCCCCCCCCC